UUGUUAUGCAAUCAGAAAAAUCAUUGUUCAAGAAAAAUGGACAAUUCUUUUCUGAUUGCAGAUACAAGUUCUCUGGUCAUCGGUCUCGUGUUAAUCCUGAACGGUUUGUUUAUCUCUGCGGCACAACAAAAUGGAUUGAACAAGAUUCACAUUGUACACUUGGGAGCAAAGCAACAUGAUACCCCUGAGCUGGUUACUAAGUCACAUUACCAAAUUCUUGAACCACUUCUUGGAAGCAAAGAAGCUGCAAGGAAUUCUUUAGUAUACAAUUACAAGCACGGUUUUUCCGGCUUUGCAGCGAAACUUACCGCCUCUCAAGCAAAGAACCUUUCAGCGCAUCCCGAGGUUCUUUGUGUUGUACCAAGUCGAGUAAUGAGGUUGAAAACAACAAGGACAUUUGAUUACUUGGGACUUUCGCAUACUUCUCCAAAAGGUCUUCUAUAUGAAACCAAGAUGGGAAGUGAAGCUAUUAUUGGGGUCAUAGACUCAGGGAUAUGGCCAGAGUCACAGUCAUUUAACGACACAGGUCUAGGACCGAUCCCGAAGCGUUGGAAAGGAAAAUGUGUGUCUGGAGAUGGAUUUGACGCCAAUAAACAUUGCAACAAAAAACUUAUAGGGGCAGAGUUCUUCACUGAAGGUCUUCUUGAUAUCACGGAUGGGCAAUAUGAUUUUGCUUCAGAAGAUGAGUCUAAGUCCCCUAGAGAUAUUGAAGGCCAUGGGACACAUGGUGAAGGUUUAAACACAUUCCCAGAAGCUGGAUUUACUGAUCUUAUAUUAUCAGAUGAAAUGAUGAGCGCCUCUAUCGAACAGGGGCAAACUCAAGGGAGCAUUGUGCUAGCGUUUACGCCAACCGAUCAGGCAAUAAGAAAGGCGAAUAGUAUAGUAAGAGCUGGAUGUGCUGGUAUAAUCUAUGCACAAUCUGUAAUUGAUCCUACGGUUUGCAGUGACGUCCAUGUUCCGUGCGCCGUGGUAGAUUACGAAUAUGGAACUGAUAUCUUAUACUAUAUCCAGACUACAGGUGUGCCUAGAGCAAAAAUAAGCCCUUCCAAGACACUCAUUGGCCGGCCUAUUGCAUCUAGAGUGCCUCGGUUCUCUUGUAGAGGACCUAAUUCAGUUUCACCAGCAAUUCUUAAGCCAGACAUAGCAGCACCGGGUGUUAAUGUUCUUUCUGCAGUAACUGCAUGGAAGACCGAUCCAUCUGGAGAGCCAAUAUUUUCAGAGGGAUCAACGCGUAAACUUGCUGACCCAUUUGACUAUGGAGGUGGUUUGAUCAACCCGGAGAAAGUAACAGACCCGGGCCUCAUCUACGACAUGGGUAUCGAUGACUAUCUUCAUUACCUUUGUUCUGCGGAAUACGACGAUGCAUCCAUUUCUAAACUACUUGGUAAAACAUACAAAUGCACUUUGCCAAAGCCAUCGAUGCUCGACUUCAACUUGCCAUCAAUCACAAUCCCAAGUCUCACUGAGGAGGUCACUGUGACUAGAACUGUAACAAAUGUUGGACCGGCCAGUUCAGUCUACAGACCCGUGAUUGAGUCUCCUUUUGGUAUCGAGCUUGAUGUGAAUCCGAAGACUCUUGUGUUUGGUUCCAACAUAACGAAGAUUACGUUUAGUGUGAGAGUGAAAACGAGUCAUAGAGUGAACACUGAUUAUUAUUUUGGGAGCUUGUGUUGGACUGAUGGAGUUCAUAACGUCUCUACUCCUGUUUCCGUGAGAACAAAGAUCUUGAGAAAUUAUGUUUGAUCAUUUUUUACGUGUAACUAUAGUUUGUUUUAUUUCGUAAUGAAAUUCAUUCUUCAUC